UUUAUUGCUUCUCAUAGCAACUAGAUCCAAGUGACAAGUCGGGGCUUGUCUACGAGGCCUAUGAUCUGAACUUCCUCAUUCUGCAGCAGGUUGGCUGCACCAUGCUGCACCACUCUGCUUCCAGUCGGACGUAAGAGACAAACAGGGUUUUAGACUGGCCAAAACAACUCAGUGAAGGACUCCGAUGAAGCCCGUUCCUGCUCUGACUCUCAUCCUGUGUGAGUGAGGACAUCACCAUGGCAACCAGGCUUCAGGGUAACCAGGGACGGCCACGGUUUGGCCCCAGGGACCGCCUGAUCACUAUGUUCAGGGCCUGCUCCAGAGAUCCAACCGAGGCGAUCAAAACAAGACUGAGAUGUUUGCUGCACACAUUUCUGCAACACCACCGGGACAAUGCAGGAAAUGAGAACACCAACGAUGUGGCAGCAAAGUGCUGCUGUGAAGCCCAAUUCUGGUAUUACAGGAUCCUGGAGAACCUCAUCAGUCAAGAAAGGAAUAGGCUGGGAAUCAGAGACAUGUCGGCCCUCUUGGAGAAGGAGCUUUUCCAGUGCUGUCUGGUGGCCUGUUGUCUGGAGAUAACCAUCUCCUCAAACGGUCUACCAUACGACUUCCCUCUGCUCCCUCACAUCUUGAAACUGGCACCAUACAACUUCCUGAAGGUGAUCGAGCUGGUGCUGCGGGCCGAAGUGGGCCUGCCCCGCGCUGUGUUCAGACACCUCGCUCAAGUGGAACAGAAAGUUCUGGAGAGCUUGGCCUGGACCAGCGACUCCCCACUGUGGGAAGAAAUCAGAGGCAACGAGAGCCAUCUGCCUACCUGGCAACAGGUGAUGCUUCCAACACAACUUGAAGAUCCCGCGAGAACACACUUUCAUCCCGACAGAAAGCAACCAGGAGUCGAUCGCAGUUUAGGAGCCGACGGUCAGCGUUCCCCAUCAGCUGUAAACCGGCCACAGAGAAGCAACUCCCUCCAUCUGUUUGCUCGCAAGUGUUACAGCUUGAUGGCCAAGCGUCUGAGGGAGCUGUGCUCCACACUGAGCAUCUCUGACGAGCUGCGGCUGAAGAUCUGGACCUGUUUUGAGUACUCUCUGGUCCACUGUACGGACCUCAUGGUCGACCGUCACCUGGACCAACUGCUCAUGUGUGCCAUCUACAUCAUGGCUAAGAUUACCAAGGUGGAAACACCCUUCAAACAUAUAAUGAAGUGCUACAAGUCUCAGCCACUUGUCAACAAAAGCGUCUGCAAAAAUGUGCUGAUGUCCGGAAAAGAGAAAGAUUUUCAUCACAACAACAAAGGUGACCACAGCGCCGGUAUCCCGACACCCAACACGCCAUCAACACAUUACCCAGGACCUCGCCAGAAGGAGAGGGGAAAUCUGAUUCACUUUUACAACCAAAUCUACACAACAAGGAUGCAGCACUUUGCCAAGCAGUUUGCCCCCACAUCUGGAAGGGACACUCCUCCUUUGUCUCCGUACCCCCGACAGUGGAAAGCAUCCUCUCGCAGACAGCAGCUGUUCAGCAGCUACCCCAUCUACGUUUCCCCUCACGACACCAACACCACUUCCCCCAGGACACCCGGGCUCUGCUACUUUUUCAACUCAAGCCCCCCAGAGUGUCUGCGUCAGAUCAAUAACAUGAUCAGGACAGGCCGGUCACCCAACAGGCGACGCUGUGGGGGAUCAUUCGGGGAGGGCAAGGGAGAAGGGGAGGAUGGGGAAGAUGGUCCUUUAGGGAAGAGGCUUUGUUUGGAUGGCCAGUCAGCCUGGCAGAGGCGACUAAGGAAUGUGGUGAAUGAUCGCGUACCAAGAAGGGCCUUGGACCGGGACCGGGACCAGGACCAGCUUUCUUCUGUUACAAGGCCUAACCUGCACUAGAGAUGACCAUGGAGUCUCACUCUGCUCCCGUUUCUGAGACUAACAACAAUGUCAGGGGUGAGAGGAGCACAGAGCAGAUUUGUAUUCCUUCACUGUUUCUGACACACACUUUCCUUAAAAAGUGCACUUCCCCCUCAGCUAAGUGGCCACUGGUAGAAGAUUGUGGUCCUCCUGAGCAGCUCCCUGGUGGAGCUGUACGAUGUGGGGCAUGGCGGACAAGUGCUCAGUUGAUUUUCCUUGGAAUAAUAAAAUUAGACUGAGAACUGCAGUUUAAAUUCUAGGAGAUUUGGCUAGGCUUUCAUUAAGUGAGCGGUGGUAAUAAGAGUUCAGUGCAAGGCACUUUAAAGCAGUGUUAUGUGUUUUUCCAGUUUUUAUUUUGAAAUUUCUUUGAAAAAAUAAGCUAUGUUGAGACUGUUGAAGACAUGACGAGACUCUAAAUUUUCAAAUUCUUCGCAAGAAUGAAGGAAAGUGCAGAAGUGACAGCAUGAAACUUUAUUCAAUGGUACAGAUUUGAGAAACUAAAAACAUGAAUAAAAAUGCUUUCAUCAGCGCCAAAAGCUACUGAUUGCAACCUUAAUAUCAUGGAGAAAUGAAUAAAUCAAUUUGAUAUUGCAUUUUAUUAAAGCCUGCCUGCACUCGGUUUCACGUCUUGCGACAUCCAUGAAAUGUUUGACCUUCACUUGACAGAAGGCUGUUUCACAUUCAUGUGCUGAAGUGAUAAAACUAGAUCUGACUUGUGCAUACGAGCAGGAUUUUUCAAUUACUUUGUCAGCUAAUCACAGCCCAGUAUUCAACGAACACAAAUAUGACGAAGAAACUUGAAACCACUCACUGGGAACUCGUUUUACAGUGAAGUAUUAGACAUUUCCCAAGUUUUCAGAGGUAAAUAUAGAUACACGUAACUAUAAACACACAUUUAAUUGUCAAAACGUCUCACAUUUGUUCCUCUUUAUGAUAUUGUUCCUCCUCAAAUAAAUGCUGAUCUUUAUUCUUUGAUAAAAUGAUCACAUACAUUA